CGGAGACGCAGGAGCUAUGACCACCGCUAAAAUCACCCUCCCACGUGCUUAGAACCUUACUUGGACCGGCACUCUCGACCACGGCAUCAUAAGCUUCAAGAUACACAAGUGAAACAGAGGGAUUGAAGCAUGGCAUCACGCUGGGCAAACGACGAGGCGGACAAAGCCGAGGACUUGCGCCGCAAAAAAGAGAAGGAAGAAAAGAAGCGCCUGAAGCUCCAGAAACAACAGGCAGAGCAAGAAGCAGCAGCAGUAGCAGCAGCCCGAGCAGCACAAAGAUCUGAGUCGCGGCCCGCAAAGAGACGUCGACUAUCCACAGACGCUCCAGAUAGUGAUGAACCGCCAAAAGAGAAGGAAUCCGAGCGAAAGCUGCUCCGCUUCGCCGCCGGAGGAUGGGCGCCCUGCCGCCACACCAGCAACUUCGAGACACUCAACCACAUCGAAGAAGGCUCCUACGGCUGGGUCUCGCGCGCCCGAGAAAUUGGCACAGGCGAAAUAGUAGCACUGAAGAAAGUAAAAAUGGACUUAAACCAAGACGGCUUCCCCAUCACCGCCCUCCGCGAAAUCGCCAUCCUGCAAAAAGCGCGGCACACCAACAUCGUCGACCUGCGCGAAGUCCUCGCCGGCUCUGCCCCCAACGAAGUAGUCCUCGCCAUGGAGUUCCUCGAGCACGACCUCAAGACGCUGCAGGAAGACAUGCCGGAGCCCUUCCUCGCGAGCGAAGUCAAAACUUUGCUACGCCAAUUGGCAUCCGCCGUCGGCUUCCUGCACGGGCACUACAUACUCCACCGGGACCUCAAAACCUCCAACAUCCUGCUCAACAACCGCGGGCAUCUCAAAAUCGCAGACUUCGGCAUGGCGCGGUACAUACCGCCUCCCAGCGCGCCACUCACCCAACUCGUCGUCACGCUAUGGUACCGCGCGCCCGAACUACUCCUCGGCACUGAGAGCUACGGCACAGAAAUCGACAUGUGGAGCCUGGGCUGCAUAUUCGGCGAACUUCUAUUGAAAGAACCGAUCCUGCAAGGCAAGAACGAAGUCGACGAGCUCAGUCUGAUCUUCACGCUCUGCGGCCUGCCCACGGACAAGACAUGGCCCGCCUUCUGGCGCCUGCCCAACGCAAAAGGCCUGAAAAUACCGCGCGACUCGGGCAGGAACAGCGCUGGUGUAAUCCGCACAAAAUUCCCCUUCUUGACAAAUGCCGGCGCAGACUUGCUCACCUCCUUACUAUCUCUAAACCCAGAGCAUAGACCUACGGCACAGGAAAUGCUCGACCAUCCGUACUUCAGAGAGGCGCCCAAACCGAAGCCCCCGGAGAUGUUUCCUACGUUUCCGAGUAAAGCGGGGCAGGAGAAGAGGAGAAGGAGAGCGAGUCCCAAUGCGCCGAAACGUGGGGAAGCGCCGGGCAUUCAGAACAUCGAUUUCAGUGGCAUCUUUGCCAUUAGGGAUGAGGAACAGGCAGGGGCUGGGUUUCAGCUACGGGUGGGUUGAGGAAUGUGCGACAGUAACAAGCAAAGGACAUUGACGGACGGGUCUUUGAUCUACGCACUGAUACGAAUCCCCCGGUUUAGCUCGGAAAAAGGCAGUGUGCUACAGAAAACUGAGCUUUUGAUCUGCCAUAACUAUACAAUACGGGCAAGC